AAACACACAUCCAAUCAGUACUCAAGUUCAUUCUCCAAAAACCUUAAAGCGUCUGAUCUUUAAUUUCUCGAGAUCAAAUGGCUUCCAAGGCUUUAGCUACCACCGCUCUGCUCCUUUCCCUCAACCUCCUCUUCUUCACUUUGGCCAGUUCCACAAGUUGCCCACCACCACCAAAGUGUGGUGCUUGCCACCCGCACCCGAAGCCCGCACCGCCCAAGCCCUCUAAGGCUGUCUGCCCCAAGGACACCUUGAAGUUGGGAGCUUGCGCCGACGUGUUGAACGGCUUGGUGCACCUUGUGGUCGGUCCACCAAAGUUCCCUUGCUGCAGCCUCCUUGAGGGUCUCGUUGAUCUUGAUGCCGCUGUGUGCCUUUGCACUGCUAUCAAGGCUAAUGUUCUGGGCAUCAACCUCAACGUCCCCGUUUCGUUGAGCUUGCUCUUGAACUACUGUGGCAAGAAGGUCCCAUCUGGCUACAAAUGUGCUUGAAUGAAGUAACUUGUUCUUGAUCAGUGCUUGCCUUUUAGUUUCCUUGCCUUACUGUAUUUCAUGGUGUGUGUUUACCGAUCCUGAGAGGUUUGGGAUGUUACUUUAUUGGUAAAGUCCAAUAUUACACAUUCUUACUUAAUAAUUAUUCGAGUAUUUGUAUUGUUUUGAUGGGUUGAAGGCUCCUUGCAUUCUCCCUCGUCAUGUAUUCUAGUGAAAAAUAUCGUUUGUAAUGAUAAUAAAAGGAGAGUUUAUGGUAA